GCUUUAGAAUCUUAUCUAUGACGUAAGUCGAACUGAUAAGAGAAAGGUAGGUGCGGCAGUGGAAGGUGCUCAGCCAGCCAGCAGAGUCACGGAGUUGGUACCCAUCCAGUACCAGAAUUAAUUUUAGAAGUGUGAGUGAGCAGCUAUAGAGAUGCAGGGUGUCUCAGGAGCUGCAGCAGUUGUAGUAAUGCUGCUUGCUGCCACUACACUUGUCCUGGCCGACUAUAUCCAGAAAAGCAUCCUUUGUGAUGAUAUUGCAGCUAUUUGUGAACACAAUGGUAUUGACAAUCAAAAAAAUGCAACGGAAUGUGGUGAAAAUCAAGAAAAAUUUCUCAAUCCUGAAGUAUGCAACUGUGGGUCCACAUGCAUCAGUAACCUAGGGGAGGGCGAGUCUUGCUACACAUCAUUCGCAACAAAGUACCCGACGGAGUUGUGUGGUCCCGGCCUCGAGUGUAUUAUCAGUGACCCCAACAAUCCAGACUUAGCUGUCUGUACCAGAAAUCCAGCGAGGCAGUGCAUCAACGAGACUUUGCAGUAUGAGGAUGACCAGGCGGCAGGCACCCUGGGCCCAGGACAAUAUAAGCCUAACUGUGACCAGUAUGGAAAAUACACUCCCAGACAGUGCACACCUGGUGGCACGUGUUACUGCGUGAACAUAAAGGGCGAGAGACUGCCUGGGGAGGGAUCCAUAUUCAAGCAAAAUAAUAUUAGCUGUGCAUGUUCAGUGCACUGGGAGGAGAUGAAGACCAUGGGAUUGAACUUGGGUAUGAGAUGCUUGCCCAAUGGUAACUUUGAUCCACUCCAGUGUUUAGACAACAAAUGUUUCUGUUACGACGAAGUCACGAGCACCGUUUCCUACGGUCCCUUUUCAUUUGACAUGAUUGAAAAUAUACCGUGUUAUGACCCCACAAUACAUAAUAAAGAAUACAUCAACCCAUGUCACAAGGCACUAGAAGAGUGGAAUAACCAGGACACAAAUGAUACUAUUGUUGUAAGAGAAACAUUGCAACCAAUUUGCACUCCUGAUGGUUAUUAUGCAGCAGUACAGUAUGGCGGUAAAGAUGCAUACUGUGCAGACUUACAUGGAAACCAAAUUGAAAACUUUAGGCAGCCCAUCACCACAGCACAGAAUAUGAACUGUCACUGUGCACGCAGACGGCUCAUCAUGGAGGAGAAUGAUAUGGGAUCCAGUAAACCUAAGUGCUGCCCAAAUGGAGACUUUUAUCCAUGGCAGACACGUGGACUAUUUGCAUACUGUGUUGAUGGCAAUGGAAACCAAAUUGGAGUUGAAACUGCAUUCACUGAUAUUCAAGGACUGUCCUGUUACAGUGAGCAACCUUGUGAUACAAGUGUUAUGUACAGUUCUUAAAACAAAAACAAAAAUUAGGUUAUAAUUCUAAUUAAUACAUUAAUUUACAUAAUUAGGGAUAGGAAAGUUUCUUACAAGUCUUAUAUAGCCCAAGAUUAUAUGUUAACAACACUUCUUUUCAAAGCUUUAAGAUAUUAUAUUAAAACUAUGCACUGUACUCAAUUUCCUAGCAACACAAUAAUAAAUCUCAAUAGUGUUUGUUUACUGGACACCCAUUCACAAUGCAGGAAUCUGAAGUGUUCUACAAAUCAAUCUGUUCACAGGUCUGGAUUCACUAACGCAGGCCGAGAGAGAGAUUGUGCAGUAUACUGUAUACUGAAUCUUUGUAACCAGGCUUGAGCAAUGUGCAAUUUGUUGUUUUAGAAUUUACUAUUCCCAUACUCUCAUUUUCUUGAUCACAUGUAUAUAUGGUCAUAAUAUCUAAGAUUUACUAGUAUUCAUAUCGAUUAGCCCAGUAGUAGACAUUUUGAGUCUUAGACAUGGGCCCAUUACCCAUCUAUUUAUAUAAGUAGGUCAGUGCUAAGGAAAAAUUGCCCACUUAUAGAGCACAGCCUUGUAAAAAGGAAAAAGUAACAAUAAUGCUCGACAGAUGGCUCUUUAAAGAUUAGAGUUCAAAGGCUUCGUGGAGAGCAUAUAAUGGUAGCAUCAUAUGAUGAUUGAGCAUAUUCCUUUUCUACAAGGAAAAAGACAGCAAAACAUUUCAUUCCUGAACUGGUAAAGGACACAAUAACUAUAAUAAGCUGCAGUGGGAGCAAUGCACCAUAUAAAUGGCAAUAAAGCCAAAUGAUAGCAAAGACUUUAUCCAAUUCUUCAAUAACUAAGCUUGUAAAUCGGGAUCUUGGAUACUACAGUACUGUACUCCGAGUCUAGCUUCAUUUUCACAAACAAUCAAGCCAGUUAAAUCUAAAUAGUUGAGACUUUUUAAAUAGUUUAUGAAUAUCCUUGUGGUUCUCGGCUAAUUAAUCAAGUUCUCACAAACAUUUUCUUUACUAUGUCAGCAUUUUUUCUUGGUCAUGCAGAGUUCUUAUUUUAAUUCUACAUUCGCUUAACUAGAAGCAGCUUCAGAAUAUCAUGUCAUAUCUGAGAAUGCUUUCGAGGAAAAAUCUUCUGUGCAAGUAACGAUAUGGUAUAAUCUCUCUAAACAUUACAUAAACUUGAAAAUCCUACGAUCUGUUUCACACUCGCUGACUCGCAAAAACUUCGACCUCCAUAUCCAGACUUGCAUUCAAUCACAAAACCCACCUUUCCCAUAUUGGACGCACGCACGCACACACACACACACACACACACACACACACACACACACACACACACACA